AUGGGGAAGAUCAAUCGCGUUCCAGGGCAGCGCCUCAUCUCGUCUAUAAAGUCACUCCGCGGACCUGAAAAGAAUCCGAGCUUCCAUCUUGCAGUAAUACCCGAUGCCCUGACGCUUCGUAGCUUGUUGACGCACAUAUGGAGGCUGUUUGAGCUCACGGGGUAUGGGAACCAGCCCUGCCAAGCUUGCUCAAUCGCCAAGGGUAAUGACAUGAGAGGGGUGCAGGUGUCCGUAAAAAAGGAUGCUUGGACCAAUCUGCAUUUCCAUGGAACAUUCGCUCCGUCCAACUAUCGACAAGGUGAUAAGGUGGCACUGUUCAAGGCAUGGUCGAUACAACGGCUGGAGGGCCCAGAUAGCUUGUGGCUUACGACAGCGACCGCAUGUAUGCGCAUGACUUCUGCAAGCCAUGAGCAACCCUGCCAGGUUCCACACAUAGACACAGUUCGCGAGGGCGUCGACGACGAGAUAUUUUGGACUUGGGACGAACGAACGGACCAGGGGGCUGGUUUCGCAUGGUCUCUCCAUGCACUUGACAGCUUGCAGAGCUCCACUCUCUCAAAAGCAGCGCGAGUCCCUGGGAGUGACAAGCGCGCUGAGCUAUCACCAAUCCGGCACCUCUUUGUCCGCGUUCAGACGACCAAGUGA